AUGGCUAUGACCCAACGACUUCUGUAUUUGUAUUCAACAGUGCAAGGAGCAUGGUCCACCUGGUCGUCAUGGUCGACCUGUAGCCCGGACUGCGUACACCACCGACGUAGGUCAUGUGAUAACCCGGAACCUACAUAUGGGGGUCAAUAUUGUGACGGCAGCGACUUGGAUUCCAACAAUUGUACCAGUGGCAUGUGUCGAGAUGGAGGUGCUGUAGUGCUUGUCAACCCCACUGACCCUGGGGAAGCAGAAGACUCUAACAAUAUGGCAAUGUAUAUCGGUGUCUGCGUAGCAUUUGCUGUGUGUAUAACUGUGGUGGUUAUACUAGUGUUGAUAAUACGAAGACGAAACAUACAAAAUCAAGGGGUCUUUGACAUGGACCCUACAGGAGAUGGAAAUCUCCCUCCGUUGGAAAAUGAUGAGAAAAAGGCAUCAAAGAACUGCCACGAUAUGGUGUCUGUUCAGCCUGAUUUGACGCAAACAGUGGUCAGUAUACGUCCAGCCAACGUCGACUCACCAAACAACAACAUUGAACCAACAGUCGACAAGACAGCCUCAAUGAGCAACAAGUCUCAGCAGCUGGCACAGACCCUAUCAAAAGGGGGCAGCAAGCAUGGCCCUGGUGACCACCUAUUGACAGAGAAUCCCCUUGGUGGCUCCAUGGAGAAGUUAGCCAUCAAAUCGCAUCCCAAGAACACAAUGUCCAUGAGUUCAAGCAUGUCAAUGAACCAGAGGCCAAUCUCAAACGGAGAUGUCCAGUCAGCCAGUCGGUUAUCACUCAUGUCCACCCAGUUACCAUGCAACAUCGAAGCUGAUGCCGUCAUCUGGGGCACGUUUACACACACUGGUGGACGACUGUGCCUCAAUGAAUCAGGUGUGAGUCUAACUGUUCCCGAAGGUGCCAUUUGUAAAGGAGAUAGUGAAGAGGUGUUCCUGGCCGUAUGUAGAGAUGAUAAAGACAGACCUAAAUUAACAGACAAACAGACAAUACUCAGUCCAGUAAUUCUGUGCGGACCCACAAGUGUAUUACUGAAGAAACCUGUUGUUAUAUCGUUCCAACAUUGCGCCAACAUGCGGCAGGGUGCCUGGAUAUUGUCAGUCUACAACUGCGACACACCCAUAGAUGAAGCUUCAUAUUGGACAAAACUUGUUACCCUCGGCCAAGAGACAAUCAACACCCCUAUAUACACCCAGCUCGACCCAAACCAUUGCCACAUAAUGACUGAACAGCUCCACCGUUAUACACUCAUAGGCGAGUCAGUGCCUGGAGGUCGUGCGAUUAAAAUUCUGCGUCUUGUCGCCUUUGCACCCGCUAUGCCACCCUCAAUGGAUUACAGCAUCAGGGUUUACGUUGUGGAGGAUACCCAAGAUGCGUUGGAGGGUGUCAUCCAAGUUGAGAGGAAGCUAGGUGGGCGCCUCCUCGACAAACCAAAACAGAUUCCAUUCCAAGAUGGCGGAAAUAACCUGUGUCUUACUAUUGAAGAACUUUCCUCUGGAUGGAGAAGUAAAUUAGCUGCUAAUUACCAGGAAAUUCCGUUCCGCCAUAUCUGGAGUGGUAACCAGAACAACCUCCACUGCUCGUUCUCCCUGGAACUCCUCGACAGAUCCCAACACAAGAUCAGUUGUAAGAUCCAAGUUUACCAGAAAGCUAUUCUCAGUAACAGGCAACUUCUUCAUGUUUUCACAAAUCUCAAAGACAUCACGACAUCUUCAAAUUCUAACGAAACCUCCACCCUGAAGUCACCCAGACAAACAGCAUCGACGACUGCGAUCACUGAUUUACAUAAACCCCGUCACGUAACCACUGCUAUCUACGCAACAGAUCCUCAACAGAGAGCGUUUAGAUUUCCUGCCCAUAUUCGGAACCAAUUGUGCCUCUUGCUGAAUUCACCCAAUGCCCGCGGCAAUGACUGGCGGAUGUUGGCGCAGGCAUUGACUGUUGACAGGUACAUAAAUUACUUUGCAACGAAGCAAAGUCCAACGGAACACAUCCUCGAUCUCUGGGAGGCCCGGCACCGAGAGGACACAGCUGUCACAGACCUGAUGAACAUUUUACGUACAAUGAGACGCAUGGAUGCGGCAGCCGUGCUCGAGAAUGACUCUGGGGCUUGGUUAUGAACAACAACAACAACAACAAGGGACUAUUACAGCAACUACUAUUACAACUACUACUAUUACUAUUAAUACUACAACAAUAUUACAAUGUACAAAUAACAAGAUGUUGGCCUCUGGGAAGAGGAUGAUAUAUAUACAGACUUGAGAGGAGUGUGAAUGGGAUGAUGUAUAUACACACAAAUUAUUGUAUGUGUUUGUGUAUAUAAAUAUAUAUGUGUGUGUGUG